AUGGUCGACUAUCACGCCACGAACAGUCAAUAUUCUUCGGGCGGAGCACAGAACGCCUACAUGGAGCAAGAGAACGACUGGGACCGGGACCUGCUGCUGGACCCGGCCUGGGAGCGCCAACAACGCAAGAGAGGCUGGAGCCUGGAGCUCAGGGCGUCACUGGAAUGCUCACCGUACCAGUUUGCAGGCCCGUGUGGAUGUAGCUCAGCCAUGUUGAACGCCCAAUUUCGGGACUGA